CGGGGGAUCUCUCCUGCGGGAAGGAGACAGCAAGAGUGAAAGGCAGGGUUUGAGUCUGUCAAGAAGGGAGGAAUGGAAGAAGUGGGAGCCGCCCGACCUCAUUCGCUUUCUGCCUUGGAGCGUGCACUCGCAGCGCGCAUGCGCAAAAGAAAUACCAGGAGGCGGCCUUAACUGUUCUUCUGGACCAAUCCAGAUGCAGCGGGGCGCUAGGGCCCGGCCCUCACAGGCGGGCGCGGCGUCUGCGCGCGGGUUUCGUAGUGUCGCAGCUGUUUGCGGGAGUGGUUCUUGUCCGCGCCAUGGACUCUGGUCUUAUCCGGCGCUUAGCCCCGCGCCUGGGCAUUGCCGAGCCGGAGGUGCUGAGGAAAGCGGAGGAGUACUUGCGACUGUCCCACGUGAAGUGUAUUGGCCUGUCUGCACAUACCACAGAAACCAGCAAUGCAGUCAUGUGCCUGGACCUUGCAGCUUCCUGCAUGAAGUGCCCCUUGGACAGGGCUUAUUUAAUUAAACUUUCUGGUUUGAACAAGAAGAUGUAUCAGAACUGUCUUAAAUCUUUUGAGUAUUUACUUGGCCUGAACUCAAAUAUUGGAAUAAGAGACCUAGCUGUACAGUUUAGCUGUACGGAAGCAGUGAACAUGGCUUCAAAGAUACUGCAAAGCUAUGAGUCCAGUCUUCCACAGACACAGCACGUGGAUCUCGACUUAUCCAGACCGCUUUUCACCACUGCUGCAUUACUUUCAGCAUGCAAGAUUCUAAAGCUGAAGGUGGACAAAAAUAAAAUGACAGCCACAUCUGGUGUAAAAAAAGCCAUAUUUGAUCGACUCUGUAAACAAUUAGAGAAGAUUGGGCAGCAGAUCGACAGAGAGCCUGAAGAUUCAGCCACUCCCCCACGGAAGAAAAAGAAGACAGUGGUUGAACCUCCAGCAAAGGAAACAGAGAAUAUAGUAGAGAUCCCACAUAAAUCACAAAAAGACGAAGAGGUGACACAGGAUUAUGAAGAAUGGAAAAGGAAAAUCUUGGAAAAUGCUGCCAAAGCACAAAAGGCUACAACAGAAUAAUUUCAGCUUCCAGGCUACCUUGUACAGCAAACCGAAUGCAUCUGCCACCUCAAGGAACAUGUGGAGGGCUUUGGAAUUUUCUUUGAACUUUUAGAACAAGGAUCCUAAGACUCUUGCCUUAAUAGAAAAGAAGCCAACAUUAGGGCUGAGCAGGCUGGUUCUGAAAUGAGCAACAAAUUCAUGAGCUCAGCUACAGUGCCUGGUUAGGUUAGCCUUGGCUCCGCACAGGUCUGUGCUCUCCUACAAAAUGUAAUGGGAGCCAUUUUGCUUUUUUGCUUUGUUGUAAGCCAAAGAUAAUUUGCUGUCCUAUCCAGAAUGUGAAAUUCAGUCUGAGUGGAGUCUUAAAGAUUUUACUUAAGUUUUUGUGUAAAUCUCUUGGUUUGACUAAAUCAAUAUAUGGUACAACCUAAGUUAAUAAAUGUUAUUUUUAUAUGCA